CUUUAGCCUUUCCUCGCGACCCCACCACUCCAUUCAAUGUUCUGUUUGAUGACAAACACCAGCUCAGCUCGCGCAAACAUUCACGGUCAGGCAUCGCUCAUUGGCCACGUUUGGUGAGCAACGGACAUACCACCAAUUCCUCUUGGAAUCCCCGGUCCCACCUUACUCCACGUCGUAUUGAAGUUGAUUAUGCUACCGUCAUUGCCCUCUACCAAUGCAGGAACACCUCCAUAGCAUCUGGAAAGUGGUUGACUCUCCGUCUCCGUCUCCGGUCGGAAGGCAAGGUAUAACUAAGAAGACAAAGUUCUCUUUCCAUGUUCCAUCAACUCAUGCUAUCCAUUACUACCGCUACUCCUCAUCACAAUUCCAUUCAUCAGUGUCUUUCAAUUCAACCCCCAUCCCUUUUUCGAAAUGUCCACCAACCAAGCAGCCUGGCUCAAUGAACGGAAAGGCUACCCCUUUCAGAUCGCCUCGGCGCCAAUGCCCACCCCUCGCCCCCACGAACUCACCAUCCGCGUGCACGCCGUAGCCAUCAACCCCGUCGACGGAGGCGUGCAAGCAACAGGCAUGGUCUACAACACCUUUCCGCGCGUCCUGGGCAUCGACGCCGCCGGCACCAUCACGGCCGUCGGCAGCGCCGUCAAGGCCUUCCAAGUCGGCGAUCGCGUCAUGGGCAUUCCGUGCGUAGAGGAGGGUGAUGAGAAUGAGGACCAUCGUGGCGGCACGUUUCAGCUGUAUUGCAAUAUUUCCGAGAGUAUGGCUGUCAAGCUUCCGGAGGGAGUGGCUUUCAAGGAUGCGGCUGUACUUCCUUUGGGCAUGUGCACUGCUUGCGUGGGAUUGUUUGAGGACUACAAUCUGGACCUGCCGUAUCCGAAGACCGGGCAGGUGAAGGUUGCAGGCGACAAAGUGGUGUUGAUCUGGGGUGGAGCGUCGAGUGUAGGCAGUUGCGGGAUUCAAGCCGUCAAAGCGGCGGGGUUGCAGGUGGCGACGACUGCGAGCGCGCACAAUCAUGAGUAUUGCCGAAGCCUUGGGGCGGAUUACGUGUUCGAUUACAAGAGCGAGACGGUGGUGGAGGACGUCGUGGCCGCGCUCAAGGGCAAGGAGUUCGGUGGCGUGUUUGCGGCCGUCAUGGGAGAGGAGGUGUACAUUAAGAGCGCGGAGAUUGCCGUGCAACUCGGAGGCAAGCAGCUGGUGGCGACGGUGUUGCCAGACAUGAUGAAGUACGAGAAGCCGCUGCCGGGUGGAGUGCAGCUGGGUUACAACUACGGUGACUCGCUCCGACAUACGGCCGUGGGACCGGCAAUCUGGAAAUGGACCACGGACGCUCUCGCCGACGGGAGCUUGAAGUGCAAGCCGGACGCGUAUGUCGUUGGCAAGGGGCUGGAGAGUGUGCAGGAGGCAGUGGACCUCAUCAAGAAGGGGGCUUCGGCUAGGAAAUAUGUGGUUGAGCUGGCAUGAGGUAGUGAAAUAGCGAUGUAGCGUACUGAGAGAUACAGGAA